AUGCUUGAAACAUGGAUACAAUUCAUUAGUUGUGGACUUGCAAUAUUAACAAUAUUAUCAUAUUUUAUUUAUAAUUCUUAUCGACAAUCUAUCAGACCAUCUAAGUACAUGUUAGCCGCACAAAAAUUAGGGUUUAAAGGCUAUGAAAAAAGCAAUGGUCAAAAGAUCAGCAUGGAAGAACAACAAGAAGCUUUGUUGAAAAUAUUUCAAUUAGCAGGCUAUUUCAAAUUAUCAAACAUAUGGCACGAUUUGAAUUGUAUUGGAGACGUAGAAAACGUAACAAAAGUAUUUGAUGAGAUAUCUUCUGUUGUAAAAUAUUCUAAAGCUGAUCAAUCAGAUCCAACAAAAUUCAAUGCAGAAUACAUGCGUACAAAUCUCUUUAAAAGUGAUAAUAUUGAUUUACAAGAUGCUUUGGACUUAUUAUUGUACAUAGCUCAACAUGCCUUUGGUCGACAAGCUGCACAAGAACGAUACGAACUUGUUUCACCUAAAUGGAUGACUACUUAUGAAGAUUAUUACCUUGAAGCAGCACGUUUAUUACGCCUCAUUGAUCGAGAGUAUCCUACAUUAAACGAAUACGAUGGUUGUUGGAUUGCGGGAGCUGCUCGAGUGGCAUUGUCACAACGCAUUAUAGAUUAUAAAUACUAUAUUUAUUCUAAAGCCAUUAAAAUAAAUGGUGAAACACUAGUAUUAGCUGGUGAACGAGAAGUAUGGGCCAAUAUCGAUGGAAUGACACCUACACUAUGUCAGAAAUUACUGGAAGCAUCUGAAAAGAAUAUUGAUAUCAAUACGGUACGUCUCUCAUCAUCUGCAGAUGAUGAUUCUAUUGAAAUUGAGGAAGGCAAAGCAUAUAUAAUGCAUUUGGCUCGAUUCUAUAAUAUAAAACUGAAUGCAUCAAAACCAUUUAUUCAGUAUGCAAACAAAGAUGAAUGUCCACCGGGCCGUUUUCCGAACAGAAUUUAUGCCAAUUAUGACGAUAUGAACAAGACGUCAAAACUAACGGAAACUCACAUUUCGCAGGAUUUAUUGAGGACGUAUUUAGAUAACAAUAUAAAUAAAAUAAAUAUAAUUGAUACACUAGCACAAGACAAAGUACGACCAAAUACAGCAUCCACUGCUCGAGAUGCAACUGAAAGAAUUAUAAAACAUAUUCAUGCGGGAGAAUAUGGUGAUAAAAAGAAAAUUAAAAUCUUACUUUAUACAAAUAAUCCUUCUAUAGAACGCCAAACAUUGGUUACUCAGCGGCAAGUUAAUCAGAUAUUGGAAAAAUAUGGCUUGACUGCAAUGGGUUAUCAAAUUAAAAUUGAAGGCGUUGGUUUUUCAUCCCGACAACGACUAGCAAUUGUCCAUUCAGAAUUGGGUGCAUUAAUUACUGAGAAAUAUAAAGAUGCAAUUGUUGAUAUUGAAGCAACAUUAGAGAAAAGACCGAAACGUGAUAUUACCCGUUUAUUGUUUCAAACUCGCGACAAAAAUUUGGUUGUUCCAGAUCAACCCCAUAUCAAGAACAACUCUGAUGAUGAUCUUAUUUAA